AUGUUACCUGAGGAGAAGGUUGACUCCAUGUUGUCGUCAUGCGUUACUAAUUGUAGUGGUGAAAAGGACGAUACAGGAAACAAGACUUGCACCAUUAUCUCAUCUGAACAAGAGGGUAUCCCAAAUUGUUCACUGGCCCCUUUUCAAACGAAUUCUAAUAGUCUUGAAAAUCUACAAGUUUUCCUAGCUUCAAAAGAAAAGGCAUUGUCGGAAACUGCCCUGAGAGUUCUGCUCCGGAAAAGGGAAAACCUGGCUUAUCAGCUUCGGAAUCUAAAAGAUGAGAUCGCUAUUUGUGAUAAGAAUAUCCGGACAAUCUUAGAUGUACUUCAUAUUUGUCUUAUGCGGAACUUCAUGAAAUGUGUCAGGCAAGUACACUCAAACAAUUUGCAAGAUUUGUGGGUGGACUUUUUGGGAAAUGUACAUGUGGACAGUUCUCAUCACACAGAAAACCUACCUGUCAAAGAAGUGACCGGAGACAGAGAUAUAUUCAAUAGCAAUAACGGUGUAGCAGAUUCUAUUAGUUACAAGGCAAGAAGUGAUGGUGAAUAUCCAAAGACCUAUGGUAAUGGACGCCAGAUGAGUUGUUUGUCCAAUUCUGUUGAUGGGCCACAGAGUAUGGAUGCGAAUGACUCUUUCAUGCUAUGCCCUAAAAAUCAAGACAUAAACAAGAAUACUCAGAGUGUAAUUGAAGUUUACCAUAGACAAAGGAAGAUGGCAACUUCUGCAAAUAGUAACAAGUAUGCCUCAGAAAGUUGUCUCAGGGCUAAGGAGGAGAAGGUUGACUCCAUGUUGUCGUCAUGCGUUACUAAUUGUAGUGGUGAAAAGGACGAUACAGGAAACAAGACUUGCACCAUUAUCUCAUCUGAACAAGAGGGUAUCCCAAAUUGUUCACUGGCCCCUUUUCAAACGAAUUCUAAUAGUCUUGAAAAUCUACAAGUUUUCCUAGCUUCAAAAGAAAAGGCAUUGUCGGAAACUGCCCUGAGAGUUCUGCUCCGGAAAAGGGAAAACCUGGCUUAUCAGCUUCGGAAUCUAAAAGAUGAGAUCGCUAUUUGUGAUAAGAAUAUCCGGACAAUCUUAGAUGUACUUCAUAUUUGUCUUAUGCGGAACUUCAUGAAAUGUGUCAGGCAAGUACACUCAAACAAUUUGCAAGAUUUGUGGGUGGACUUUUUGGGAAAUGUACAUGUGGACAGUUCUCAUCACACAGAAAACCUACCUGUCAAAGAAGUGACCGGAGACAGAGAUAUAUUCAAUAGCAAUAACGGUGUAGCAGAUUCUAUUAGUUACAAGGCAAGAAGUGAUGGUGAAUAUCCAAAGACCUAUGGUAAUGGACGCCAGAUGAGUUGUUUGUCCAAUUCUGUUGAUGGGCCACAGAGUAUGGAUGCGAAUGACUCUUUCAUGCUAUGCCCUAAAAAUCAAGACAUAAACAAGAAUACUCAGAGUGUAAUUGAAGUUUACCAUAGACAAAGGAAGAUGGCAACUUCUGCAAAUAGUAACAAGUAUGCCUCAGAAAGUUGUCUCAGGGCUAAGGAGGAGAAGGUUGACUCCAUGUUGUCGUCAUGCGUUACUAAUUGUAGUGGUGAAAAGGACGAUACAGGAAACAAGACUUGCACCAUUAUCUCAUCUGAACAAGAGGGUAUCCCAAAUUGUUCACUGGCCCCUUUUCAAACGAAUUCUAAUAGUCUUGAAAAUCUACAAGUUUUCCUAGCUUCAAAAGAAAAGGCAUUGUCGGAAACUGCCCUGAGAGUUCUGCUCCGGAAAAGGGAAAACCUGGCCAAAACGUCUUUUCCAGCAGAAGCUGCUAUAUGCCCUCAUUCUACACUUCUGCCUGUUGCUCUGUUUAAUUUGAUUCUAGCAAGAAUGACUCUGCUUGCUUAUCAGCUUCGGAAUCUAAAAGAUGAGAUCGCUAUUUGUGAUAAGAAUAUCCGGACAAUCUUAGAUGUACUUCAUAUUUGUCUUAUGCGGAACUUCAUGAAAUGUGUCAGGCAAGUACACUCAAACAAUUUGCAAGAUUUGUGGGUGGACUUUUUGGGAAAUGUACAUGUGGACAGUUCUCAUCACACAGAAAACCUACCUGUCAAAGAAGUGACCGGAGACAGAGAUAUAUUCAAUAGCAAUAUCGGUGUAGCAGAUUCUAUUAGUUACAAGGCAAGAAGUGAUGGUGAAUAUCCAAAGACCUAUGGUAAUGGACGCCAGAUGAGUUGUUUGUCCAAUUCUGUUGAUGGGCCACAGAGUAUGGAUGCGAAUGACUCUUUCAUGCUAUGCCCUAAAAAUCAAGACAUAAACAAGAAUACUCAGAGUGUAAUUGAAGUUUACCAUAGACAAAGGAAGAUGGCAACUUCUGCAAAUAGUAACAAGUAUGCCUCAGAAAGUUGUCUCAGGGCUAAGGAGGAGAAGGUUGACUCCAUGUUGUCAUCAUGCGUUACUAAUUGUAGUGGUGAAAAGGACGAUACAGGAAACAAGACUUGCACCAUUAUCUCAUCUGAACAAGAGGGUAUCCCAAAUUGUUCACUGGCCCCUUUUCAAACGAAUUCUAAUAGUCUUGAAAAUCUACAAGUUUUCCUAGCUUCAAAAGAAAAGGCAUUGUCGGAAACUGCCCUGAGAGUUCUGCUCCGGAAAAGGGAAAACCUGGCUUAUCAGCUUCGGAAUCUAAAAGAUGAGAUCGCUAUUUGUGAUAAGAAUAUCCGGACAAUCUUAGAUGAUGAAGAAGAAAAUGGGUCUUCUCUUGCAUCUGUGGUUGUGGAUACUAAGCCUUGGCUUCGGAAUGAUCUAAGAGGCCUUCUUGAGCUAGAGAUACUAAGUUCUUGGUACUGGCAAGGUCGAUCGCCGGAAUUUGCUGCUUCAGCUUGGCUGAAACAGCAUAAUUAUAGAACAAGAGGCGAUGGUGCAGCUACUUUGGCAUUUCACUCAGCUGAAAAAUCUUUUGGUGGGCAAGAUGAUUUGGCUUUACAGAUAGAAGCUGUCAUAGAUGGUUGUAAUGAUGCAUGCCUAAAUAGUAAAUCGAAAAUUCAAAAUGGGACUGAUGGACAUUUUGAAGAUCAGGGCUCACCUCAAUACAUAAAGAGGAAGAGAUUGUCCGAGGCCAUCCUCACUUUGCAAGACACAUGUCAGGAAAGUUCUAGCAUUAGAGAACUAGAUGAUAUUUGUUGUAGGAACAAUUGGAUAUUACCAACUUAUCAUGUCUCCCCAUCAGAUGAUGGAUUCCAGGCCAGGGUAACGGUGAAAGGGAUUGAGUUUUCAGGGUGUAGUGACAUGCAUUCCAAUCCUCGUGAAGCAAGGACGUCGGCUGCUGCAAAAAUGAUUGCUAAAUUACAAAUUAUGUCAGGCAAGACCCAGUAA